AUGAGCACAGACGUGGUGUACGACUACAUGGUGAUCGGCGGUGGCAGCGGCGGCAUGGCCUCUGCACGUCGUGCGGCCACAUAUGGGGCCAAAGUCCUCGUCGUGGAGCGCGGCCGUGAAUUCGACGGCAUGGGACUGGGUGGCACCUGCGUCAACUUUGGCUGUGUGCCCAAGAAGGUCAUGUUCAACGCGGCCGCCCACGUGGAGCACCUGAACCGCAACAAGGACUACAGUAUCAACACGGCCAGCAAGGACUUUGAGUUUGGCGACUUCGAUUGGGCCAACAUGAAGACCAAACGUGACGCGUAUAUUAAACGUCUCAAUGGUAUCUACGAGCGUAAUUUGGGCAACGCCAAGGUGGACCACGUCCAGGGAAUCGCUAAGCUUGUGGCCAAGGACAAGAUCGAGGUGGCCGGCCAGGUGUACACCGGUAAGCACGUUCUGGUAGCUCCUGGAGGCACACCGACCGUCCCGGACCUUCCGGGAAUGGAACACGUCAUCGACAGUGACGGGUUCUUCAAACUGGAGCAACAGCCCAAGAAGGUGGCCGUCGUGGGGGCCGGCUACAUCGCUGUGGAGCUGGCCGGCAUCUUUAAUGUCCUGAAGAGCGACACGACGCUCUUCUGUCGCUUCGACCAGGUGUUGCGUAAGUUCGACCCCAUUGUGCGCGACUUGGUCAACGAAGAGAUGGAGAAGGCUGGCGUUAACUUUGUACGCAACUCCCGCGCAGUCCGCGUGGAGAAACAGGACAACGGCAAGCUCACGUACGUCGUGACAGUGGACGGAGAGGAGCAGAAGUUCACGGACUUUGACUCGAUCGUGUAUGCGAUCGGCCGCUCGCCACGUACCAAGGAUUUGGGCCUGGAAGAGGUCGGCGUGAAGCUCGCGGAGGGAGGAUUCAUCGAGGUGGACGCCCAGGAGAACACGUCGGUGGCCGGUGUGUACGCGAUCGGUGACGCUACGGUGACCGGCUGGGAGCUGACGCCCGUGGCCAUCGCGGCCGGCCGUCGUCUGUCUGAUCGUCUCUUUGGCGGCGAGAAGGACGCGUGUUUGAACUACCACCAGAUCCCUACAGUCAUCUUCAGCCAUCCUCCUAUUGGCACGAUUGGCUACACUGAGCCUGAGGCCAUCGCCAAGUACGGCGAGGAGAACGUCAAGGUGUACUCGAGUAAGUUUGUCAACUUGAUCCACUCGAUGGCCGACCCGGAGCGUAAGGGCAAGACGGCCAUGAAGCUGGUGACGGUCGGAGACAAGGAGACGGUCGUGGGUGUCCAUGUGGCCGGAGAAGGCGCCGACGAGAUGAUCCAGGGCUUCGGAGUGGCCGUCAAGAUGAACGCCACCAAGGCUGACUUCGACAACAUCGUGGCCAUUCACCCGACGGCUGCCGAGGAGCUCGUGACGAUGGCCCCGUGGGGAAUGAUCAAGGACAAGAUCGUGCUGUCCCCCGAACCAGCUCGUUCUGCACCCACCCCCAAGCAGUAG